CAUUACGACUUUUGGCUCGACGCAGUCAACAUUUCUUCCAACCAAGUUCCAAUCCAUUCAAAACCUUACCAGAUUACCUGGAAAGUGUUGUACAACAACUAGCACAGGAAAUACCGACAUCAAAAUCGGAGGACGUAAUCGUUGAGAAUGGAUCCACAGACUCUAACGAACAGCUAACGUAGUGCAAAUCCAUGCCUAACACGCAACACGAUUUACAGGCUGAGAUAAGAUACAACUCCGUGAUAAUGAUAGCAAAAGAAUCCACCCUCAGCUGCUCCAGAAAGAAGAGACUAGCUGCUUAGUAAACCCUCAUACAUCAAACGUACCAGUAUCCUUAGCUAUUAGGAGUCAUAUUUAUUAUAUUUUAUCAAUAAAUAAUUUGUCUAUCGUAA